AUGAAUGAUGAUCUAUGUGGAAAAAUUGAUUUUUUGAGAAAGUAUUUACCUGAUGACUUGGAUAAAAUUACAGCACUUGAUUUUUAUGGAUAUGAAAAUUUCGGAAAUUACUGCCCUCAUAAAAAUUGCAAUACUGAUCUCGAAAAGAUUACGAUUGGAUUUUUAUGGUUACUUGAACAAUAUGUUGCUAAAUACUCAAAUCAAGGCAAUAUUGAAAAGAGCACUAAACCAUUUUUUCUAUAUAUUAUUUCAUGGUUAAGUUACAAAUUAAAGCGAAAUUCAGAGCACAAUAUCAACAAAAUAAACGAUUUUUAUACUGAAUAUAUAAAAAAUAGUGGUAAAUAUAAUGAAUUUAUAAGUGAUUCCGGUAAAUAUACAAAUCUUAAUGAAUUUAUAGAUGAACAAAAUGAUUUGUUUAAUAUUAAUAUUGAAGAUUUGUCUAAAUUUUAUGAUGCAUUCAAAUUAAUAUGUAGUAUGUAUAGUAAUGUUGAAACGAAUAAUCAUGACAAACUUCCAAAUAAUGCGAAUGAUUUUAUUGACAAAUAUAAAGAGCUUAACAAUAAUUACAAUAUUAAAGGUACCGGACGUAGUAAAAUAUUUUCUGCUUUAUCAACUAAUUAUAAUAAUUUAAAAAAUUAUUGUACUAGCAAAGGUAUUAAAUAUAAAGAUUUUCCAUUAAUUCCAGACACAGAAGCAGAAAUUUAUGCACUAACAUCUGAAGAUACAUCAAGUUCGUCGAUAGGAAACAAAUUAUUUACAGUUUUAUCUAUAUUUGGUGCAAUAGCAUUUUUUUUAGGAAUUUCUUAUAAGUAUUCAUUAUUUGGAUUUCGGAAACGAGUUCAAAAACAAUAUUUAAGAGAAAAAAUAAAAAAUAUAAAGAAGAGAAUAAAUCAUUAA